GGGGCCCGGGGCCAUGCGGGGGCCGCUGCUCUGCGGGGGCUGGCUGCUGGCCGCCGGCUGCCUGGUGAGCGCCGCGGGCAGCUGCCGGCAGCGGUGCUGCCUGGGCAGGAACAACGCGUGCUGGGCGCCGGCUGCCCGCCGCGCUCGCUGCUACUGCGACUCGUACUGCGAGCGGACGGGGGACUGCUGCCAGGACUACCAGGCCACGUGCCGCCGGGCUGCAGUGGGCUGUGUGGUGGGGCCCUGGGGCCCGUGGGGCGGGUGCAGCUCUCUGUGCGGGGUCGGCAGCCAGGCCCGCAGCCGCCAGGUCACCGUCCCGCCCCGGCACGGAGGGGAGCCCUGUCCCGACCUCAAGCAGCGCCGCGGCUGCCGGGGGGAGCACCCGACCUGUGGCACAGCCAAAGAGGUGGCUAAGAUACUGCCCAACUCCUUCAACUGGGACUUCAGGGAUCCCUGGCAAAGAGCUGGGCUGCUGCUGGAGGAACUGUCCAGCUCCCCCCUGCCCAGCUACUGCGGCUAUUUCCGCCUGAGCCAGGUGGGAGCCGCGUGCCGUGGGCAGGCCUGGAGCCGCCGGCUGCACCGCGACAAGCGCGUGUGCGUCGAGUGCUGGGGGGACACAGCCCACCACCGUCCCCACUGCGCCGGACACGGGCUGCAGGGAGCCAGGACAUUUUGGGUGGCUGCCUCCGUGGCAGGGUGCCAGGGCUCCUGGGUGCAGGAGAGGCUGCAGGAGGGCUGUGUUUGCCCCCCACCAGCUCUCAUCUUUGUGUAGCACUCCCACAGGAAGGCUUGCUGCUCAUGCUUAGAGCCCAUUCCCUGAGUUUUCCAGCAUUUUGUUGAAGAAUGGGAAGAAAACCCCACUUAGAAAGAUUACAAAUAAUGCUGAGGUUAAAUCUGAGUGAGAAAUGACGGAGGACAAGGCAGUGAUGUCAGGUUGGGCUGUGACAUCCGCUCUGGUGAGCAGCACAAGGAUGGAAAUGGCAUCCUUGCUCGGUGUGUUCCAGCUGGCCCCAGUGCAGGGGGCUCUGCGGUGAGCCUUGAAGGGCGGCUCAGACAUGUGCUGUGGUUUGCAGAGAAAUUAAAUGUAGGCAACCAAGGUCUGUACAUGAGCAGUGAUGGUGGUGGGUGUCCAGGAGGGUUUCUGCUGGAGGGAACAGGGUCCAGCAUGACAUGACCUUUGCUGGUGGAGUCUCCAGUCCAGCCUUGGCCGAUGGUACUCACAGCUGAGACUCUGUGCCAACAGCAUUGGCACUUGCCUGCACCCCCAAACCACCCUCUAUGUGACUUCACCCCCACCCCUGCCAGGCACAGCCCCGGGCACUCAUCCUGCAGAGACCACCUGUGUUCAGACAUGGACACCUGCAGUGACCAGUGGUGCCCCAGCCCCAUGCUGCUGCAAACCCAGGGCUAGGCAGAUGGCCAUGGGAAGUGGAUGUGGCUGCAGCCUGGAACUUCAGCCAGGAGCUGGGUCUCCCCCUGCCCAUCAGCUUCCUGCCAAAGGUGUUCCCAGGGGUAUGUUUGCUUUGGGGUCUGGGGAAUCAGACCUCCCCAGCUGCAGCUGGUAGCUGUUGCCCAUUUGCUGCCUGCCAACGCAUUUGGCUCCCACCCCACAACCCCCUUCCCUGUACCCUGCUGCAGCCUCCCCCCUUCCCUGAACAGGGAAAUGAAAAGUCUUCCAUGUC